AAACCAACACAACAGUUGGUGAAGUCUUGAUCUGGCUCUGUUAGCGAGAGAGGACGACUCGUUGCCAUAGUAACCAUGAAACUCUAUGUGGGGUCGGUUACAUUCAUCAUCAACAUUGGGAACAGUACUUUAAGGAAAUAGUCGUGACCAAGGUCAAUUUAGUUGCCUUUCCUUGGCCUCCGACCGCGUCGCACAAUCUUUAUCAGCGGACAGUUUAUUCAGUUUAUUUUAUUUAACAACAUGUUAUGUUACAAUUCUUUCCCCCGCACGUGAAGGCAUCAUUGGUUACAUCAUCACCAAGCGUCAGUUGCUACGUACAUUUGUCGCGUCCACUUUGCACAAACGACAAUAAACUCAACUCUGAAACCAAAUCCACACUUACACCUUAUUAUUCACACACUUUGGCAAACCGUGUGUCGUUGUUACUUCCCUCUUGUUUGGGAGGCCGGCUGAUUUAUUUAUAAGUCUAUCCGUGGACUUUUGGCGGACUUUCCCCACCUUCUGCCACCUUGUGUUAAGCGCUGCAGCUAGCUUGAGGCUAACGCGCAGUCUGACCAGAGCAGAAGAUCUGAGCAGCUUGGCCCGGAGUCGUGCUCAGAGGAUGGACAGUGAAAUCCAACGAGAUGGGAGAGUCCUGGACCUCACUGAUGAUGCCUGGAGGGAGGACAGACUGCCUUAUGAAGAUGUCACUAUCCCUCUGAGUGAACUGCCUGAGGCUGAGCAGGACAACGGAGGAUCCACAGAGUCUGUGAAAGAACAAGAGAUGAAGUGGACAGACCUCGCUCUGCAGAGCCUGCACGAAAACACACCGAGCACCGGGAGCUGAGGGACUGAUCUGGAAUCAGACUGUAGGACAAGGAUUUGGGGCAGGAUACUGGGAAGUCCUUGUAUGUGUUAACAAUAACACUUCUUCAUCUGAACGCAGACAGCGGCACCAAACACAUGUAAUUCACCAUCUUUUUACACUGUGUCUUUUGAAAGAUGUUCAGUAUGUUUCAGCUAAGCAGAAAUUAUUCAAAAAAUGUUUUCUGAAAAAGUAUUGGGUUUAUAUUGUAGUAUGUAUAUACAAAUAUUAAAUAUCAGCUUUGGUGUAUAACA